CGGGCCCGCAGCUCGGCCAGCGCAGCUCACCAGCCUCGGAGCGCAGCACCGCCGCCAUGUCCUCCGGGGCCAGUGUGAACGCCCUGCAUCGCCUGGUGGAGCAGCUUAAGCUGGAGGCCGCCGUGGAGAGGAUCAAGGUCUCUCAGGCGGCUGCAGAGCUUCAACAGUACUGCAUGCAGAAUGCCUGCAAGGACGCCCUGCUGGUCGGCGUCCCGGCGGGAAGCAACCCCUUCCGGGAGCCCAGAUCCUGUGCUUUACUCUGAGCACUGCAGGAAAGCAGUUGGCCAAGGACCACCUUCAGGUGCCAAGUGGUGAAUGGCUGCCUCCAAGUCUCAAGCAAGCAUUUGUAUCUAACCAAAUCAGCUUUGGGUAUUUCAGGCCUUCCCAGUGGCCUCUUCCUAUAACCAAAAUUCUACAGAGAUUGAUGAGUUUCAACUCAAAUAAGGAAACUGGGUGAAGGAGUAGACUUUUAAAUAAUCAUGGCCCAGUUUUUUUGGUGAAGUGCUUUGUACUUAAGACAAACAAAAACCUCACCACCAAAUAUACAGAAAUGCACCUCUUUCACAAGGGAAUUACUAGUGUUUCUAUACCUGGAAUAUUAUGUAUAUUUUAUUUACUGGAUGUUUACAUUUUGGAAAGGAAACCAUUUUUGUUUAUUAAAAAAUUGAAUAUUUGAAAUUUCUUAUUCCCAAGAUUUUUACGCCAUUACAAAAUUUGUCCUUUUCUCAUGAAUUUACAAUUUCUAAAUGAAGAUAAGCCAGUGUAAAGGUGUGGGAAGAAUAGGCUUUAUUAAUCAAAUGAUAUCUUGAUUUUUGUGAUUUUUAACACUAAAUAUGGAAGCUGUUUCUUAGCAACCCUGUUGGAAAGAUUAAUGUGUCGUGCAUUAGAUUUCCCCAUUCUGUGUAUGAAGCAUAUCUGAUCUUUGUCUUCUUAAGUUCCUCUAACUCAUAGUUGCGGUUGUACUUUAAAAAAAUAGUACAUUAUUUCAUGUCUUUAAAAAACAUUUAAAAUAUGACUUACAGAACAUUGCAAGUGAUUGAAAACAAAGUAAUGUGGAAAUUUUAUAACCUAAAUUAAUUCUUAAUGUCAUGUUUUACUUUGAUGAUGUGCCUUUAAUGUAAUUUGAGACACUUUUAAGAGGAUACUUGGUGUUUGUAAUAAUCUUUGAAGAGCUUGGAAAUAAAAUGUUUAAUUCAUCAUUUUCUACAA